AUGCAAACGAAACUGGCGGUUACCAUGGGGACGUGCCCAGGUGGUGAGAGCGAACUCUGCCUUUGCAAAAUUCUCGCCUCGCCGAUCACUCACAGCACGAUGGAUCUAGCAUCCCAACUUCACGAGCAGUUCCGCCUCUGCGGAGGGCAGUCAUUUCUGCCUCAGGACGACAUCGAGGCCACCUUUGCGGUCUUGUACGGCGAGUCCACCGAGCAGGACCGAAUCGAUUUCGACCUGCUGUUCCGCGGUCUAAACGAAGACAUCUGGGAACUCCAGCAAGAGCUGUUGGGGAACACAGUUGGAUGGUGGUGGGCCCUGGUCGCAGCAUCUCGUCUGUACGACCGUUUGAACGAGAUCAUGGACAAGAGGAUCAGGGCAUUGGCGAACGGCAGCCAUAUCAUUGUCAAGGGCUUGCCUCCAACCAUGCCAGGGCAAAUGAUGUCGAGGUGGGCGAGCGACUACGUCGCUAACUCUUCUGCUCGCUCGGCGUCCCUUUCCGCAACACCUCUGGAGAACAAGAGAAUCCCCGGGGAAACGAAGACUCGUCGUACGGCCCGCAUCCGUCGUGAAAAGCGUCAGCGCAAGGAAGCUGCUAUGACCAAGGCUGGUGCAUAUGUGAUCUUCCGCACAGCUGGACCAGUUACAGACUCAGUGGCUGGAAUACUCGACGUACUAACAUUGCUGUCUGGCACUGAAGUUAUAGCGAUACUCGCACUUGCGUGUCCGCUACCUGAGCCUCCGCAGAGAACAAAACUGGCUGUCUCAGUGCUAGCAUGGUCCUCGCUGCCUCUCGAUCUUGCUCGGCGUGAUGUUCGCCUGUUCGACCAAGCCUGCCAGUACGGUGACCAAGCCACCCCAUGCGACUUAAGCUUUGAUGAGGUCUGGUAG